CCCUUACGUCUUCACACAACCAUCUACUUAGCGAAUCUCAAUCCCUUCGACUUUUUCGUUUUACCCACCACACUCAAAGCAAUUUCCGAUGGCCCCCAAAGGUGAGAAGAAGCCUGCCGAGAAGAAGCCGGCUGAGGAGAAGAAGACCACGGUAGCAGAGAAGGCGCCGGCUGAGAAGAAGCCGAAAGCCGGGAAGAAGCUCCCGAAGGAAGGCGGAGCCGGCGCGACAGACAAGAAGAAGAAGAGGACGAAGAAGAGCGUGGAGACUUACAAGAUCUACAUCUUCAAAGUGCUUAAGCAGGUGCACCCUGACAUCGGGAUCUCUAGCAAGGCCAUGGGCAUUAUGAAUAGCUUUAUCAACGAUAUCUUUGAGAAGCUAGCCCAGGAAUCGUCCAGGCUCGCUAGGUACAACAAGAAGCCCACGAUUACAUCCCGGGAGAUCCAGACCGCUGUUCGCCUCGUGCUGCCCGGUGAGCUCGCCAAGCACGCUGUUUCCGAGGGGACCAAGGCCGUCACCAAGUUCACAAGCUCUUAAAAGGCUUUCUGUCUAGGGUUAGGGUUAGGGUUUAAUUUCAGUUUCUUGCACUUUUUUGUUUUGGUUUUGUUUGUGAAGAAGAUGGAUCCGCUCGAUCCGGGUUAUGUGCAUGUUGGAAAUGAAAUGGAAUAUUUUUUGUUAAA